AUGAGCUCCAGGGCCGUUCCACGGCUGCGCACACUCCAGCGACACCUGGGCUCCCUGGAGGACAGAGGCAAGGAGCCAGUCAGCAGCCCGCUGACCACACACGUGCUGGACACUGCCUCAGGACUCCCCGCCCAGGGCCUCUGCCUCUGGCUCUCCAGGCUGGAGGACAAUGGCCAGCAAUGGAUGGAACUGAGGAAAAGCUACACUGACCCCGACAGCCGCUGUCCUGGGCUCCUGCUGCCUGGCCAGAUGAAAGCGAGCACCUACAAACUGUUCUUCAACACUGAGGGCUACUGGUAGAAAAGGGGGCAGGAGAGCUUCUACCCGUAUGUGGAGGUAGUUUUCACCAUCACCAAUGAGACCCACAAGUUCCACGUCCCCCUGCUGAUGAGCCCCUGGUCCUACACCAUGUACCGUGGGAGUUGA